AUGCUUCUCACUGUUAAACGCCUGCCUGUACUGGCCAUUGCCACAUUCUUCUUCUCAAGCUCCGCUAAUGCCUGGCUUAAUGUAUGUGAAGUCAAUCUGACCUAUCAGCUAACCAACAUCUUCCAAACUGGAAGCCACUUGUUCCAGUACGAUAAUUGUCAUGUGGACACCUCGGGGAGCGGCAUAUCAUCUGGUAUUGUAAACUUCAACACCCGUUCAGGGGAUACCUGGGAUGUCAUUAGUGCCUAUCACGAUGCAAAAAAUGAGAUGAAUGAUUUUUCCAUAUAUGGUAAUGCCUUGCAAGAAAAGGCUGCAUCAAAAAGUGGUUCAAUAUCUGGUCUUGAGGGAUUCUGUGACGUGUGGAAGGCAUCAGUCAAAGAUGUCUUGUUUAGAAAUGCGCAAGAUCUUGUCUUUAACAACUUGUAUGUGCUCCCAUCCCAACUUGAAGCCAGUAAGCUUGGUCUCCAGCAUUCUGUCAGUAUGGCAGCCUUGUAUGACACUGGUGUGUCACUUGGGGCAGGCGAGGGCUCAUCAAGUCUAGGUGGCAUUAUUAAAACAACCAACAAGAAAGUGACCAAAGAUAUUCCUGGAAAAUCAAAUAGUACUAUCAAAGUUAAUGGCUACUCUGUUGACGAAAUUGAAUGGCUAAAUAUGUUCCUCGAGGUCAGAGAAAGUAAAGAUAGCCACGAUUACCUUUUAUAA